CUUUCACAGUCCAAAGAUCCUGUACUUUGUUCAAAGAUCUUAUACUUUGUUCAAAGAUCUUGUAGUUUGUCUCUCUGGCUGCAACGUAGACAUCACUAAAUUUUUAUUAGACACCGCCGCUGAAUCCUGCACACACCUCGCUCUUUCAACUUUUCAGAAAUCAACGGGAGAAAAAAAGUUAGUACGGAACAGAAGGAUAUCUCUUCAGACUAGUUGUCUUUUUCAGAUUAAGAAUUUGGAUUUAGCCAUUAGGUACGAAGUCUUGUCGAUUGGAUUCGAUUAUUGGAAAGGUUAUUGAUCGAUUACUUGAAUCAUGGCUAUUGUGAAAAGAGGUGGUCGUAAUAAAGCUAAGCAGCAACAAGCACCCGCCAAAAGUGGGAUUAAAAAGGCCGAAUUUGAUCUUCAUAAGAAGAAAGAAGUUGGUGUUUCUGAUUUAACGUUGUUAUCAAAGAUUAGUGAUGAAGCAAUUAAUGAAAAUUUACAUAAAAGAUUCAUGAAUAGUACAAUCUAUACUUAUAUUGGACAUGUGUUGAUUUCGGUGAAUCCAUUUCAAGAUUUAGGAAUCUACACUUAUGAAAAUAUGCAAAAAUAUAAGGGGAAGAAUAGAUUGGAGGUUCCUCCUCAUGUUUUCGCUAUUGCAGAAACCAUGUAUUAUCAUUUAAAAUCAUAUGGUGAAAAUCAGUGUGUAAUUAUUUCUGGUGAAUCAGGUGCAGGUAAAACUGAAGCUGCUAAACAAAUCAUGCAAUAUAUUGCUAAUGUUUCUGUGGAUGAUCAGGCUGCAAGUGGUAAUAUCACAAGAAUCAAAGAUAUGGUUUUAGCUACCAAUCCUUUAUUAGAAUCAUUUGGUUGUGCUAAAACUUUAAGAAAUAAUAAUUCUUCAAGACACGGGAAAUAUCUUGAAAUUCAGUUUGAUCCUUCUAAUUAUCAACCAAUUGCUGCUCAUAUUACCAAUUACUUGUUGGAAAAACAAAGAGUUGUUUCUCAAAUUACUAAUGAACGUAAUUUUCAUAUUUUUUAUCAAUUUACUAAACAUUGUCCUCCUCAGUAUAAACAACAGUUUGGUCUACAAGGACCAGAAACUUAUAUUUAUACUUCGGCAGCAAAAUGUAUAAACGUGGAUGGUGUUGAUGAUAAUAAAGAUUUCCAAGAUACCUUGAGAGCGAUGCAAACAAUUGGACUUCAACAACAUGAACAAGAUAAUAUCUUUAAAAUGUUGGCAGCCAUCUUAUGGAUUGGUAAUAUUUCCUUUGUUGAAGAUGAAAGUGGUAAUGCUGCAAUUAGAGAUGAGAGUGUUACCAAAUUUGUUGCUUAUUUAUUAGACGUUGAUGCGGAAAUUUUGAAGAAAAGUAUAAUAGAAAGAGUCAUGCAAACUUCUCACGGUAUGAGAAGAGGUUCAACUUAUCAUGUUCCUUUAAAUAUUGUUCAAGCUUCUUCUGUCCGUGAUGCUUUGGCUAAAGGUAUCUAUAAUAAUCUUUUCGAAUGGAUUGUGGAAAGAGUUAAUCUUUCUUUAGAAGCUCAAAAUCAAUCCGUUGAAAAAAAAUCUAUCGGUAUUUUGGAUAUUUAUGGUUUUGAAAUUUUCGAACAAAAUUCUUUUGAACAGAUUUGUAUUAAUUAUGUUAAUGAAAAAUUACAACAAAUUUUUAUCCAAUUAACUUUGAAAGCUGAACAAGAUGAAUACGUUCAAGAACAAAUCAAAUGGACUCCGAUUGAUUAUUUUAAUAAUAAAGUUGUUUGUGACUUAAUCGAAGCCACAAGACCUCAACCAGGUUUAUUUGCUGCUUUAAAUGAUUCAAUUAAAACUGCUCAUGCGGAUUCUGACGCCGCUGAUCAAGUUUUCGCUCAAAGAUUAAGUAUGGUUGGUGCAAGUAAUCGCCAUUUCGAAGACCGUAGAGGUAAAUUUAUUAUUAAACACUAUGCUGGGGACGUUACUUAUGAAGUUGCUGGUAUGACUGAUAAAAAUAAAGAUAGUAUGUUACGUGAUUUAUUAGAAGUCUUAUCUACCUCUUCUAAUCAAUUUAUAAGCGUAUUAUUUCCUCCAGAAUUAUUAGCUGCUUUGACUGAUUCUAAAAAAAGACCAGAAACCGCAUCAGAUAAAAUAAAAAGAAGUGCUAACUUAUUGGUUGAUACUUUAUCUCAAUGUCAACCUUCAUAUAUCAGAACAAUUAAACCAAAUCAAACAAAAAGACCUAAAGAAUAUGAUAAUCAUCAAGUUUUACAUCAAGUCAAAUAUUUAGGGUUAAAAGAGAAUGUUCGUAUUAGAAGAGCUGGUUUUGCUUAUCGUACUACUUUUGAUAAGUUUGUCCAAAGAUUUUAUCUAUUAUCUCCUGCUACUGGUUAUGCUGGUGAUUAUAUUUGGCAAGGUGAUGAUAUCACUGCAGUUAAAGAGAUUUUGAGAUCUUGUCAUAUCCCUGAUUCUGAAUUUCAAAUGGGUACCACUAAAGUUUUUAUUAAAACUCCAGAAACCUUGUUUGCUUUGGAAGAUAUGAGAGAUAAAUAUUGGCAUAACAUGGCUGCAAGAAUUCAAAGAGCUUGGAGACGUUAUAUUAAAAGAAAAGAUGAUGCUGCCAAAACCAUCCAAAGAGCUUGGAGAGUUAAAAAUCAUGGUAAUCAAUUUGAACAGUUCCGUGAUCAAGGUACUAAGUUACUUGGUGGUAGAAAAGAACGUCGUAGAAUGUCCAUGUUAGGUUCUCGUGCCUUUAUGGGAGAUUACCUUGGAUGCAAUGACUCCACUGGGUAUGGUAAGUUUAUUGUUAAUCAAGCUGGUAUUAGUGAACGAGUCAGCUUUUCUGCUAAAGGUGAAAUUUUAUUAUCUAAAUUUGGUAGAUCAUCUAAAAGAUUACCAAGAAUCUUCAUCUUAACGAAAAACAGUCUUUAUGUUGUUGCUGAAGUAUUGGUUGAAAAACGUUUACAAUUACAGAAAGAAUUUGUCAUCCCUAUUGGUUCUUUAAAUUAUGUUGGAUUGUCCCUGCACCAAGAUAACUGGAUUGCCUUGUCUUUGCAUUCACCUACUCCAACCACCCCUGAUAUUUUUAUUAAUUUAGAUUUCAAGACUGAAUUAUUGGCUCAUUUAAAGAAGAUUAACCCAGGAUUGGUUAUUAAGAUUGGCCCAACUGUUGAAUAUCAAAAGAAACCAGGUAAAUUUCACGUUGUAAAAUUUGUUGUUGGAAAUGAUCCAACCAUUCCGGAAUACGGUGAUCAUUAUAAAUCCGGUACUGUCACUGUUAGACAAGGUUUGCCUCCAUCUGCCUCUAAUCCUAAGAGGCCAAGGGGAGUUAGCAGUAAAGUAGAUUACAGUAAAUACUAUAAUAGGGGUGCUAAUAGAAGAGUAGCAAAUAAUUAUUCGGCUCCUACUCCUGUUUCCAGACCAGGUAUUCAACAACAACCUCAAUCUUAUAUUCCACCUGCUCCUCAAAUGCAACAACCUGUUGCACAACCCGUUGCACAACCUGUUGUAACCCCACCAGCUCAAAGACCAGCUCAACGUAAGGUUCCACCUCCAGCCCCAGCUUUCCCGCAACAACAAACCGCUCAACCACAACAAACUAGUAAGCCGGUUGCACCUCCACGUCCCCAAAAGAAGGCUGCUCCUACUCCCCCAGCGAAGAAGUCUGCUCCACCACCACCACCUCCUCCUCCAGCCCUCUCUUCCGCUCCUAAACCCAAGCAUCCAACCUACAAAGCAUUGUACGACUAUGAUGGGUCCGUCAGCGGCUCUGUUCCUCUUGUCAGGGACAAUGUUGUCUAUGUUGUAAGCACCAAUGGUAAAUGGGGGUUGGUCAAGGACUUGCAAGAAACACAAGAAGGUUGGGCUCCUUUAGACUACAUGACUCCUUGCGACCCCCCUGCUAGUUUAUUCGGUAAUGGGUCCGCUGCCAAAGCAACUCCGCCACCAGCUCCACCAAUGGCUGCUUCAGCUCAAUCUACUGCCUCGGCCACCGCCAAUGGUGGUGGUGCAGGCCUUGGUAAUGGUUUGGCCGAUGCCCUCAAGGCAAAGAAGACUGAAGAAACCACUUUGGCGGGCUCUUUAGCGGAUGCCUUGAAGAAAAGACAAGGUGCCACUAGAGACGAUAGUGAUGAAGAAGAUGCAGAUGACGACGACGAUUGGUGAUUUCCCUUUCUUCAUAUGUUUCCUCUCCCAUUACUUGUGUAAAUUACAGUUUCAAUACUAUUAUAGAUAUAGUCAUAUGUAUAUGUAUAUACAUCUUAUAUAUAUAUAUAUUUGCAGUUUGCGUUUCUUUGUCUCUUCCCU